AUGAGCUCUGCUCCUGGAAAUUACCUCAAGGCCACCCUGGCCGGAAGAAGAAGAAGAAGAAACACCUCGAGAAGAAGACUUAUGCCGCGCCGGUGUCGAGCUCCGGUUAGAAGCUUCAACAGCGGCGACCGCAAACGGCGUUGUUCGAAGGCGGUCUCGGCCAAGCUGGAGACGCUAAAGACCCUCGUUAAUCCGACCCACGUCGGAAAAUCGCUAAAAGCAGACGAAUUGUUCCAGGAAACGGCGGAUUACAUCGUUCUGCUGCGGACCCAGGUCGUGAUUUUGCAGAGACUCGUCGAGUUUUAUGGAUCUAGUGAGAAGGAAAAUGUUGCUGCUGUAUCAUAG